AUGAAAUCCGAUCAUCCAUCACAUGAAGGACGAUUUGUUGGAUUAAAUAGUCAAGCAGCUGAACAAGCAUUUCAAUAUAUAUCUCGUGCCAAAUUUGCAUUACGAAAUUUUUCAUUUCCACAUUCGACAAUAAUGUUAUUGAUUAUGUUGCAUCUUUUGAAUUGCAAAAUGACCGGCAUCAAUUCGGAAACAAUUGGUGUGGGAUUUCAAUAUUUUGGUGAUAUAAUCAAGGAUUUUUUCCCUACACCAUGCAUAUAUGAACGCUUUGGUGCAUUGAAUGGUGAAGAAUUAAAUAAUGAUGAAGAUGACGAUCAGUCAGAUCUAGAUCAUAAUGUUACAUCUGAAGAUAUAACAUAG